AAAAAUGAUAAGAAUGUUAAUGAAAAGAUGCUUUACAGUUCAGAUAAAAGAAUUAGAGGAAGCAGGGAAAGUCAUUAAGUUGAAUAAACAACACAAGAAAGCUGAAGUUGAAUAAUUUACUCCAAUUCCAACAUCGCCUGUUCUUGGUCCAAUAAAAAUAGAGGAUCCAAAAGUUUCUAAUAAAACCUAUAGAUGGUGUUCAUGUGGUUUAAGUUAGAAAUAAGUAAAAGGAAUCGUAAUUAAUUUAGCCCUUAUGCGAUGGCUCUCAUUAAGGAACAUCAUUUAAGCCAUAUAGAUUUACAUUAGAAUAAGAAACCGAUUCUUUGGAAUUAUGUGGAUGCAAAUUAACCAAAAACGUGCCAUUUUGUGACGGAUAAACUUGUAUAAAUCUUAGAAAGUAAUCUGGUUAACCAUGAG